AUGUCUGCCUCCACUACAUCACAGGCAAAGCCUUCAGUGCCAAUCGCACUUUCCGCCGAGGCAGUUGAUGAUUUGAUCUAUGACGCCCGAGCAGGUGACCUCGAGGCCCUAAACGAGGACAUUGCCAACCUCGCCAGCCAACACAGCUGCAACGAGUCUCAGAUCGUGGCAUCUGCCAUUGACAUGGCUGACGAGAGUGAGGGCGGCUCGGGAUCCUGCAUUCUGCACUUCCCCGCUGCGAAUGGAAACACUGAAAUCCUCACAACUCUGCUCCAGAAGCUGUCAUCCGCAGAACCUGCCCAGCGCGCUGCGCUCGUUAACCACCGCAACAACUCUGGCAACACGCCUCUGCACUGGGCUGCGCUUAACACGCACUUGGGAUGUGUCAAGGCACUUGUCGAAGCUGGCGCUGAUCUUGAUGUUAAGAACGAUGCUGGUCACGACGCUGUGUUCCUCGCUGAGCGCACGGCGUGGGCUGCUGUUGAAGGUGAUGAGCAAGCUGAGGCUGAGGGCGAUGAUGCUCAGACUCAGGAGAUCGAGAUGACUAUUGGUGAGAAUGAGGGGGAGGCUGGCGAGGAUGCUGGUGAGAUGUCUGCGGGCAGACAGGUUGUUGAGUGGCUCCUGAAUUCGGAUGUUGCUGCUAGUUUGGAGAAGGGGGCUACUGAGGGCGAGGCUAGUGGAUCUGCUUGA